ACAAAUUCAUGUCGUCUUGACCUCUUCAAAAUGCCUAUCAACCAGCCUUCCAACCAGAUUAAACUGACAAACGUGUCGCUUGUGCGCCUAAAGAAAGCCAAAAAGCGCUUCGAAAUCGCCUGCUACAAGAACAAAGUCCUCGAAUGGCGGUCCGGAAUUGAGACAGACCUCGACAAUGUCCUACAGAUCAACUCCGUCUUCCUUAAUGUCUCGAAAGGACAGACUGCGCCCUCAGCAGACCUGGCGAAAGCGUUCGGAGCCAAAACACCGGUGAAUGAUAUUAUUCUCGAGAUCUUGAAUAAGGGAGAAUUGCAGGUCGGGGAGAAGGAACGUCAUGCGCAGUUAGAGAGAGUACAUAACGAGGUUGUGGGGAUCGUGGCAAGCAAGUUGGUGGAUCCGAAAACCAAGAGGGUCUAUACUACUGGUAUGAUUGAGAAAGCUUUGGAGAUGCUCAGUUCGCAAGGUUCGCAAGCCCAGAAUGCUGGGAGUGGAACUGGGACACCAGCUACAGGAGAGGAUGGAGAGGCGAAGCCGAAAGUUAAGGAGCAUGUUUGGACUGGAGUUAUUGCUACGAAGAGUGCGAAGAGUCAAGCACUGGAGGCGAUGAAGGCUUUGAUCGCACAUCAACCCAUACCUGUUGCGAGAGCGAGGAUGCGACUUCGAAUCACUUGUCCCACCGCCAUACUCAAGCAAGCGGCAAAAGGCGCCCCCAAGCCUGCUGAUGAAGAGGAAGGAGAGGAGAAGACCAAGGGAACUGUCAAGGACCGCAUCUUGAGCUUUAUUGAGCAAGUAGAAACUCAAGAUGUCAUGGGCUCGGAAUGGGAGGUUACCGGCUUCGUGGAGCCUGGAGCAUUUAAGGGACUUGGAGACUUCAUAGGUAACGAGACCAAAGGCCAAGGACGGGUAGAGGUUCUGGAUAUGGCUGUCACACAUGAGGAUUGAUCUAGUUCUUUCAUCUGAACUUAGCGAGCGAACAUAGAGCAUGAACGGCGUUUCGGUUCUGGCCUUCCAAAAUGAUCACUUUCAAUAUCACAUUUCUGCCAAAUGACCU